GUAAAUAUAUUAUGAUUUUGUAAUUUUUUUUGAUAAGUUUCAAAAGCUGGCAUUUUUGUGUAGUUUUUACCAACACUGCAAUGAAUAAAUUAAAAACUUUUUCGUCUGCAAAAAAUAUUUGGUGAUUUUAUUCUUAAGUAACGUCAGAUAUGAAAUGCUUACAGAAGAUAUGUGUUGUUAUUAUUGCUUCGGUAUUUGAAUUUACCAUAGUUGCAUGUUCUCCUCAGUUGGUAGUGGGUAAUGACGGACCUGCUACUCUUGGUGCUAAUAUUACAUUUACAGCUCUUUUGAAGGAUUACAUUCCGUCUCACCCGAUGACCUAUGUAUUCAGCGACGGAAUUCAAAGUGAAAAUUGCACUACUGAAAAUAGAAACGCAACUAUCAGCCUUGCUUUCACGCAAAAUAUGUAUAGAGAAGGAAAGUAUUGCAUGAAUGUUACUGUUUUUGUUUCCAAGUUUUUUAUUUGGGAGACAGUAGUGGCUAAAAAUCACAGUUGUUUUAACUUAACGAGAGAUCUCAUUGGUGAGAUACAUGUGUUUAGAGAAAAUCAAACUAUUAAUAGUGUAGAUGAAGUUGCUGUUGGUGAAAAUGUAACGUUUUUGUUGAAACUUAAAGAUCAAGGUGACUAUCUAAAAUCAGCCAUUGUUGAUUAUGCUUGGAAUGUGGAUAUGGAGCGAGUCUUUGAAUUUGGGAAUUCCCUUGUGUAUAAUUUUAGUGAACCAGGAAUGAAGCAAAUUAAAGCUAUUGCAACUGCAACAUUUCCAAACAGUGAUUUUAAGUAUGGCAGUUUUGAGACAUUUGUGACUGCCAAAGUCCCAGUGAGUAAUGUGACUAUAGAGGGAAAUCCUUUUAUUCAUCAUUCAGAAAGUCUCGACCUUGUUGUGAAAUGUAAUGGCACGCCACCAUUUGCAUAUUGUAGUAGAAUUUUAAAAGAAAAUGCAACAGUGGAAAAUUUUACAUGCAGUCAACUGACAUUAUUUAAUUCCUGCUCAAUGAAAAUUGGUUACUUCAUUCCUGAUGGUGACCAUCAGUUGGGAAUAUAUAUAAGCAAUGAUGUAAAAGAAGUUAAAAGAAUAAUACUUGUAAGGGUAUACAAAGUUGCUAUAAAUCAUACGCUAUCAACAAUUAUAAUACCUACAGUUUGCAGUAUCUUAACUCUUAUGAUCAUAGCAGUAGGAAUAUCCUUCUACAUUCAACAGCGAAAGCAAUUAGCUGUUGAAGUUGCAAAUUUUGAUUUUCAAGAUGAUUCUUCCGAUUCAUACAUUGAAAAAACUUUCUUUGAAAAAAUUGCUGAUUCAAUCACAUGUAGAUCCUGUCCAUCACGUCUGCUACCUUGCAAUAGGAGGAGUGAAACUGAUCCUUUACUAGCUGAUGACUAUAACCCUAAUGUAUAACUUAACUGAAGGAUGGGAAGAAAAACUUUUUAUUGUAAUAUGUCUCUGCUGUAGCACAGUUGGUCUGAUGAAAGAAUGUGUACUGUGAUAUUUGGUUUUCUCACUUUGUCUACAACCAAGUCUUAGCUUAUCCGUAGCUUGUAAAUAAAAAUAUGUAUUUAUCUAUUUGAUGGUUGUUAAUGGGUAAGUGUCUGAUUCAGAUAUGACACAAGAUUAAUCAGCUUUAUUCACUUAAAUGAUAAGAAGUAUGACAUUAAACUUGACAGUGGCGAGUUAAAUUCUUUGUUAGCUCAGCAUUUACAAACAGAAAAGAAAUUAAAUGAAGUUGUACUUUUGGAUGGGGGCUUAAAAACUCCCAUGAAGUACUAAAACUAUGAAGUAAGCAUUGUUAGUAAUGAAUUU